AGCCCGGUUAGUCCGCCGUCCGCAAUGAGAUUAUACGCACUGAUACUGGUCCUGGCCGCGAGCCGCGUCGACGCUCACCCACUCGACCUCGAGCAUGCGCAGGAUGCCCAACCCGUCCAGGUGGCACCGGUAGAAGACACUCAGGCUGAGAAAUUACGCAAAGUCCCCGAUGUCAUUCCCGUCGCGGUCGUGGAAGACACUCUGACAGAGAUAGAUGAAAAUUCUAAUGACUACAUCCCCAGUGAGGACAAACCCAGUCCGAACAUUAAACGCUUGGAGAUCGACCUGAGCAACCCCGGCCCGCCGCAACGGCAGCAGCACGAGACGCAAAAUCCCGAAUCUUACUACGAAAGAGACUCCUUCGUAGCUGACAUUAAACAAAAGCUUUUAGACACUGAAAAUGUUUUCAGGAAGAGCGUUACGAAUAUCAACGAUGACUUCCAGAAUUGGGUAUCGAACAGCGCACACCUUAGGACGAUCCAAAGUGAUAUCAAAGAUAUGCAAAGUAAAUUCCUAGCUCAGCUCGAUAACCUCCAGCAGUCGGUACAAAGCUACCUCAACCCACAGAGCGCAAAGGCGGUCAUCGUGGACCCCGAAGCCACCGCCAACCUGAGGGAAGUCGAAAACCGCCUAAAAGUAUUAAAGAAUAAUUUCGAGGUUGGCGUUCAAACUCUCUCCGAAGGUGUUAAAGUUUUGGAAGCUAAGGCCGAUGCUAACCCCGCCGAAACCGGCGCAACGAACCCCGCUCCUGCCAACCCUUCCACCGACCAAUCGUCUAACAACCCCCUCGGCCAGGUAUUCCAAUUUUUCUCAAAUACAAUGGGACAAGCGCUUACUCAAAUGCAGAAUACAUUCAAUGGCAUCAUCAAUCCUUCGAACCAAAACGGCGGGAGUGCCGCCGGCAAUCAGCCAUCGUGGAACCCCCUCCCGGGUUUAUUUAAUCAGCAGAGCACGACUGGCGCCCCGGCAGACGCACAGGCCGAUGAAACUGCGACGCGCCCGCCCUCCGUCUGGGACAAUUUCCAGCAACAGAUGAGUCAAUUUUUCGAAAAUGGAUCAAAUUCAUUCAAUCAGUUCGUUCAAAAUAUAAUAAACCAGGUAAGACCUUCGGCUGCCCCUCCUACGGAUGCAAAACCUGAAAAUGACCCAGUGGUGCAGGAUAGCGCGCCAGUCCCGUCCAAACCAAUCCCGGCUCCCCCAGCUCAGGUGCAACCUGAAGUUGCAGCUCAGCCACAGCCCGAGCCUGUGCAACCACAAGCUGCACAACCGGCAAAAGAGAGCCAGACGGUGUCACAACCAGGACCCAUCAGCCAAAUUAUCCAAAACAACCCGAUUGUGAAGGGUAUCGUCCAGAGAAUACAGAGCAUCUCCAACCCGGAGAAACCGAGAGGGAAGCCUGAGAAAGAAUCGGAGCCUGCAAAGCCUGAGAAAGCCUUAGAUUCUUUGCAGCCAGAGGAAGCUAUCAAAGAGGAAACGAUCCCGGAAGCCCUUAAAGAAGAGACGGUCCCCGCUACAAAGGGCCACGGCGGAUACUACGGAGGGGAUGGAAACUCUGGGGAUAAUAACGACAGCGACAGGAUAGCCGUCAAGAAGGUAGCCCUCGAGGAAAAGAUCGAGGAAGUCCCACACAAAUGUCAGAUGGAGAAGAAACAAGAACUUGCCAGUGAUAAGGAGGAAAAGGAAACCGCUCUACUGCCCAAUAAGACUGAAUAGGUCCAUAGUGUGAUAGUAAAAAAUAGUAAUUUAUUUAAAUGUAAGUAAUAAAGAAAUUAAAAAUUAUACAAUGUA